AUGAUGCUAUUCGUCUACCUUUGCUGUGCUGCACUGGGCUUCUCUUGCCUCAUCGCAUUGUCAUUCACGGCUCUAGCAGUAUUGCUAUAUCGUAAGCGCUAUCAUUUUCGGAUGAUUCCCGGUCCGCCAAUCAAGGAUUUUUUUCGUGGCCACGUCUCUGAACUGAGAGAGCGAUACAAGCAAGGCAAAGCGUUCCACACGUGGCAUCUAGAACUCUGCCAGCAGUAUGGAAAUAUUUUUAUUCUGUGGACAAUGCACCACGAAAGAAUUUACGUGUGCCAUCCAGAUAAUGUAAGAAAAGUGUUGGUUAACUCAAUCCACUCCAAGUCACCCGAUAUCUAUCGAAAGUCUUAUGCUAUCUAUGGAAAGCGUUUCCUUGGUUCUGGGUUGGCAAGCAAUGUUAACCAUGCUGACUGGCAAAGAAGGCACAUUGCUAUUGCUCCUGCAUUCCAGACAAGGCAACUACGUCAUCGAAUGUGUGAUUUCAAUGAUAUUACUCGUAGAUUCAUUAGUCGGCUGGAAGGGUCAAAAUGCAAGGUUUUGUCCAUGAAACAACUGUUUCCUCUGUUAACAGUAGAAUUGAUUGCAAAAGUUGCUCUUGGACUGGAUAGUCAGACGAUUCAGGACAGUAUCAGCAAUUCUAGCAUCCCCAGAGCCUUGGCUGCUGCAUGCAGAGGAUAUUUGACUGAACGUCUCAAUCCACUCCUAUGGCUCAAACCAUGGAAAAGAGGUACUCUUCAUGGCAUCCACAAUGCUGUUGAACAGAUACGCCAAAUUUCAAAAGACUGUAUUUGCAAAAGGCAAAACGAGUUAAUGGCUGGAAGCGAAACUCCCAAUGAUGGCCUUGAUCACAUCAUCAAGAUGGCACAAGUGCACCCUGAUUUGACACUGGAGGACCUGAUUGACGAAGUUGUUACAAUAUUUGUGGCUGGAUUUGAUACAGCUGCUACAACAUUGUGUUUGGCAAUAAGAGAACUGUCACAAGUGCCAGAUGUUGAAAAACAACUACUUGAGGAAAUCACCCAAGUCCUUGGUUCACGGAGAAACGUUGAAUUUGAAGAUCUGACAAAGCUGCAAUAUACCACUGCCAUUAUCAAAGAAGUUCUUCGUUUAUAUCCAGCAGCUUAUGCUACCAUUCGCCAACUGCAGAAUACUCAGUCAAUGUGUGGGGUAGAGGUACCAUCUGGAUCAAAUGUUGUUGUCAGCUUCUAUGUCAUGCAUAGACUACCUGAAUACUGGAAAGAACCAGAAAAAUUCUCUCCUAACCGGUUCCUAAACCAAAACAAUGGAAGCAUCCAUUCAUUUACAUACUUACCCUACAGUGCUGGACCGAGGAUGUGUCUGGGUAAGCAGUUGGUUACUAUAGAAAUGAAAGUAGCUCUAGCUCUACUCUACCAGACAUUCCGCUUUGAAGUGAUGGAAGACCCAGACACAUGGGGACUGACUCAAGACAUGAUACUUCGACCAAACACAGAAAUCAAGUGUAAGCUCCACCUUAGAUCAGAAGACAUUGAAAGACACAAGAAGACUUAA